AUGGGAAUUUUAAUUGAUCCCGUGAGAAAUAUAAUCUCAACUUCAAAUGAAUGGUGGGAUGAGAAAAUAAAGGAAGAUAAAGAGUAUGCUAAGUUUAAGGAUACAAAUUUGGAGGUAUAUGAGACAUAUUACGAGGCUUUAUUUCGGGAUACCAUAGUUGUUGGAGACAAGGAUAAGGUACCUUGUGAAUUUGGUAGCAGUAGCACUCCGGAUGAUGUACAGUUUGUGGAUAUUAUAGAUGGAAAAAAAGCUAGUGACGAAGUCCUCUUAUUUGAUGAUGUUGAUGCGUUUCUCACAUAUGAUAGUUCUAGUAAGAAAAGGAGGGGAAAGAAGUUAACUCCCAGGCGUGACAAAAAAAUAAAUUUUGAAGGGAAAAGUAUGGAUUGUAUUGGUGCUAUCGAUGGAACACACAUGAAGGCCUCUGUUCCGCAACGAUGGGAAGGGAGCGCACAUGACACGAGAAUUUUCAAUGAAGCGCGAAUGAGACGUGAAGUUAAGUUUCCACUUCCAGCUGAUGGUAAGUUUUACCUUGUAGACACCGGAUAUCCAAAUACAAAAGGUUAUCUUGCUCCCUACAAAGGUUCAAACAUCCAUUAUCAUAUUCCUGAUUUUCGACAUGGACAGACUCGUGCCGUGCGGGAACCAAAAGGCUUCAAAGAAAAUUUUAACUAUUAUCAUUCUUCACUUCGCAAUGUAAUUGAACGAACUCUUAGAGUUUGGAAGGCUCGAUGGGUGUUACUAAGAGAUAUGCAUGGAAAUUUCAACUUCGAGACCCAAGUGAAAAUUGUGCUAGCUUCAAUAGCGAUUAACAAUUACAUUAGAAUGAGCGGUAGUGGUGAUGCAACAUUUCAAAUAGCGCAAGAAGAAUCUUAUAUUUCGCAUAAUGAUGAAGAACCCAAUGAUGGUAUUGAGCCACAUGACGAAUUAUCAAGUGCACAACGUAGAAAUGACGAUAUGCAUAUGAGUGCAGUACGCGAUAUGAUUGCGUGA